UUGCUUCUUUUAUCCCUAGCUGGUUAGGUUUUAAGCAUGUCCUGUUGUUAUGCUAAUGCUAACAGGUGGGCAUAUAGCAUGAGGCGGAUCUUAAUAAAGUAGAGAGUGACGACAUCAGCCAAUUAUAGGAAGGGGCGUCAUUUUCCAGCUCAUUAAACGUCAUCAGCUGCACAGGUGAGUCCGACGGAGGUGAAUGGCAGUAGCUCGGGAAGCUAACUCUAGCUUACAUGUUAGCACCAGAGCUCCUGGACCUGGACAUUUGCCACUAGUUGAGAGAGUUUCAGCUGAAACCGUCUUCGUUAAAGCCGCCAUGUCAGAGAAGGCUCCCCUCCUACAUUACCGACUCACCACCAGUGAUGCGGAGCCGACAGACGGUUCCAAACGCGGCAGAGCCAAGGUGGGCAGGGACGGCCGAGGGUCCGGGGAGAAACCCGCCCGAAAGCUCGGUGUGUUGUUCGGAGUGGUCACACCGACUCUGUUGUCCAUGUUCAGCGUCGUCGUGUUCCUGCGAAUAGGAUUUGUCGUGGGACAAGCAGGGCUCUAUCAGUCUAUUGCCAUGUUCCUGGUGGCCUACGUUAUUAUCACCAUGACUGUGCUCUCUGUAUGCGCCAUCUCCACCAAUGGGGCUUUGGAUGCUGGAGGUGCAUACUACAUGAUCAGCCGAGCCCUGGGUCCCGAGUUCGGUGGCAGCAUCGGGAUCAUGUUCUUCUUUGCCAACGUGUGUGGCAGUGCUCUCUAUGUUUUAGGUCUGGUUGAGGCUAUUAUGUCUGUCUUUGGCAUCCCAGAAGAGGGAGGUGCAGCUUCUGCAGGUCCGCUUCAGGUGCUGCCUUCAGGAUACUUGUGGUCUGUGCUUUAUGGCACUGGCGUGCUCUUCUUGUGUUUCCUUGUCUGCUUGGUGGGAGCCAACAUCUAUGCAAAAGCCGCCUUUAUAAUAUUCAUCAUAGUCACAACAGUGCUUGUGUCCGUUUUCAUCAGUUUCUUCAUUGUUAGGCCUGUUGGGGUGGUUUUGCCAUCUUUUAACAGCACCAGCCUGACUAUAGCCAAUUUUACUGGUUUCCGACUCCACACCUUGCAGAGUAACCUCUUGCCCAAUUACACAGUGGACUACACCACCGGUACCAUGAUGAAUUUUGCCACAGUAUUUUCUGUCAUGUUCAAUGGUUGCACUGGAAUAAUGGCAGGCUCCAACAUGUCAGGUGACUUGAAAAACCCCAGCUAUUCUAUCCCGAGAGGAACAAUUGCAGCUGUCCUCAUUACGUUCAUCACAUACAAUCUGCUGAGUCUUCUGGCUGCUUGGUCCUGUGACCGCUGCCUGCUCCAAAAAGACUACAGUUUUAUGGGAGACAUCAAUAUAUGGCCUCCCAUGGUGACCAUUGGUGUUUACUCCUCCACUAUAUCUGCUGCCAUGAGUAAUCUGAUCGGAGCCUCCAGGAUCCUUUAUGCUUUGUCCAAAGACAACCUGUUUGGGGGCCUCCUGGUUCUGAUGAGGAAAACAUCUCGGAGCGGGAACCCCUGGGCCUCGGUGCUCGUGUCCUGGUUGCUUGUACAGGUGGUGCUGUUUGCGGGGAAAUUGAACACCAUAGCUGGUAUUGUAACCAUCUUCUUCUUGUUGGUCUAUGCUGCCGUGAACCUGGCCUGUUUAGCUCUUGAAUGGGCUUCUGCACCAAACUUCAGACCCUCAUUCCGUUGUUUUACCUGGCACACCUGCACACUGGGCAUCAUUGGCUGCUUGGUCAUGAUGUUUCUGAUCAGUGCCAUUUAUGCCUUUGCCAGCAUAGCCUUUAUGCUGCUGCUCUUGAUGCUGAUCCACUACUUUGGUCCCAUCAGCAACUGGGGAUACAUCAGCCAGGCUCUCAUCUUCCACCAGGUGCGUAAGUACCUGUUGAUGUUGGACGUGCGUAAAGACCACGUGAAGUUCUGGAGGCCCCAGGUGCUUCUGAUGGUGGCGAACCCUCGCAGCUCUACGGGUCUUAUGACUUUCAUUAAUGACUUGAAGAAGAGUGGCCUCUAUGUAUUGGGACAUGUGAAGCUGGGUUUACUAGACGGGCUGCCCUCUGAUCCUUUGCAAAGCUGUUAUGAAUCCUGGCUGUCUCUAGUAGAUCAUCUAAACAUCAAGGCAUUUGUCAACCUCACCCUGGCAGACUCUGUCCGACACGGAGUUCAGAACCUGCUUUUCAUUACAGGAUUUGGUGGAAUGCGGCCAAACACCAUUGUCUUGGGUUUCUAUGAUGACUGCACCCCACAAGACAAGCUCCAAGGUAAAAUUCUUGUCUCUACAGGCUACGGUUUGGAUACUGUCUGUCUAACCAAAGACCCGAGGGAGCAUCGGUCCCCUUUCUUCCCCAGUGUGCGUGGCACGGAGGAAGAAAAAGAUCUUCAGGAAGAGGAAUACGUGUCGGUGAUUGCUGACGCUGUUAAAAUGGGGAAGAAUGUGACACUGGCUCGCUACUUUGAUCAGUUCAACCGGGAGGAGGUCUUGGGUUCUGGAAGAAAGACUGCAGGCCAGCAAAGCAUGACUGGGCCCUUUGUCGAUGUGUGGCCUCUGAAUCUGCUUCAGCCAGACAGCCAUGGCUACGUUGACACCUGCUCGCUGUUCCUCCUGCAGCUGGCUUGCGUGCUGCAAGAGACUCGCACCUGGAACCAGGCAAGACUCCGCCUCUUCCUGUGCGUUGAGGCUGGUUGCAGUAUGCAGGAGGAGGAGGAGACGAAGCUCAGGGUGAUGCUCAAGAAGCUAAGAAUCUCAGCUCAGGUGCAGAUGGUGACUUGGGACGAGGUGGUGGCGCUGCACUGGCAGAGACUAGGAGGGCGGGAGACAGGGAAUCUGGCAGAGUGUGCGCAGAGUGAGGAGAAGAUGGAGCAAGAAGAAAGGGCUCAAAAUGAAGAUGGCAAUGAAAUGUUCCCCAAUAAUGCUGCUCAGCUCACAGAAGAAUACAUCUGUGCUGUCAACAAUCUGAUUCUCCGACACGGAGCCCCUAGACCUGCUGUGCGUUUCCUGUAUUUGCCACGCCCACCUGCAGACAUAAACCGUUACCGUGCCUACCUGCACCAGGUGGACCUGUUGAGUCGUGACCUCGGCCCAACACUGCUCAUUCAUGGAGUCACUCCUGUCGUCACUACUGAUCUUUAGAUUUUUAUUGUCACCUCCAUCACUUAUCUUGAUCCUGCAUCGUUCCUCCAUGGAAUGGCUUUUUGCCACCAAUUCAUUCACCAGAUAUUUAAGCUGUCAACUACAGAUUUAAAAUGGAGAUCACAAACCCGAAAAGCACUUGUACUGAUAAUAUUUUCCCUUAAUUCAAUAUCGGGCCACAACAUGGAUGUGGGGAGUUUACUUCUGUGAUUACUAUGUGUAAAGGUUUUGCACUUUUUGCAGAGUGAAAGGAGGAAAAGUUCUUUAGAUUCCCUCCCUCCCUGAAGUAUUAGUCCUGUGCUCUUGUUUCUCUCCUUGUACAGUUUAAACAUGGGGGCUGAGCUUUGUUUGUUGUUUUGUAUGUUUGUUUAUUAGAAAAUAAAUUGACUGAAUUAUUGUAUUACAACGGUUUUAUUUAUAAAUAAGCAUCUUUAAAAUCUGUUGCUCAACACUUUAUUAAUCACCUGUAUUUAAUAGGAAACAUUAAAUCCAUUCAUCCAGUUGGCUCAGAAGUCAUACUCAUGACCUGUCUGUUGAUUACCAGCAGAGGGCGAUAUUUGCUUAGUAGCGUGGCUGUGAUGAUUGUUGUGGUACAAAGUGAGUCUGGGCUGCUAGUAUGGUAUAUUUUCAGUGCUAAAGCCAGUUGAUGAAUAUGUACUUUAAUAACUGGUUUUCUGUUGUAGGUUUAUAUUUCAAUAUCUAACGAUCAUGCUUACAAGGGCUGUUUGUGUCAUGUAAAAAUACAAUAUAAACACAAGUAACAUUAAUAAGUUAAAACAUGGACAGGAUUAUCCUUUAUUAGUCCCACAAUUGGGGAAUUUGAUAUUAGCAAUAGGCACCAGUAAGCAAUAAGUAACAUACCUAAGUCUAAGGUAAUAUUUAUAUUAUAUGAAUGAAAUAAAAACAAAUCUUUUUAAAAUCUUAAGAGGAGCCGAAAUUGUGCGAUUGACUUAAUUGGAAUGACAUUUGGUAUGCACAUGAAACUGGGCAAUAAGAAAUCUGCAGGUUUAACAAAGAUCCCCCUAAGCUCCUUCCUCAUACAUGAUGUAUGUUCCUUACACGCACAGUGCCACGUGAGUAACAUGCAUUCAUUCAAUUAGAUCAGUUUAAAUUUGCAUAUCAUAUUUCACACCGAGGUCGACUGCAUUAAAGAGAAACCACUGAACAAAAUUAGACACGUAAAUGAAAUACAAAAUUCGGCUUGUGCAGGAGGAAGAACGACACCCUCCUACACUCGCGUACAAAUUGCAUGUGGGAAGGAGUGUGCUCACAGAUGGAGGCAGAUUUGGCUCCAAGAACUAUUAUGGGAUCUUGCGUUCACAGGCUAUGGAGGAAAUAUGGGCAUCUAAGACAAAAUGGACGUAACACUUUCAUCCCUACCCAUUUACAAACACACUGACCACUAACUUUAUUUGAAAAUGACAUGCAGGUAGAUCUACUCAAAUUGUCAGGGCUGUUUUGGCAUCAGAUUCAACACCAUGUUUCUCUUCCGUUCGAAGUCAACAAGCUGAAAGAUGGAAGGACUGAAUCACUUCCGACUGGUGAUGACUGGGAGGGGGAGAUUUGCUGAUGGAGGAAAGAAAUAUUGAAUAUUAAAGACACGGAGGUGUUCUGCUAAGCUUGUGUUUGAGUAAAGAUGAGUCAAUGCGUUAAAUGUAUUUAGUGUUUUAGUUUGGAAAACUGCUGGUGUCUUUGUUAAAAAUCGAAUUGACAAUAUAGAACAUGAAUAGAUGGUGCAGACACUUUGUUCUCAAUGCUCAGAGGCGGGAGAAGGAGAGACUCCUCUGUAAAUGUAUUAUCAAUGCAUGGACUUUAAACAGCAUUUCAUUUUAUUUUUUAUUUAGGGCCCGAACACUGACAGACAGUGAGGCCCUAUUGAAAACUGUAAGGAUAAUUAUUUAUAUUAAUUUUCAGGCAAAUUAAUUUGCUUUUUGAGGGUUUUCACAUGCUCAAAGUCUGACCAAAAUUUGCAGAAAAUUAGAAUUUUUUUUUUCUGUUAUUUAAAUUUUCAAUUAAAUUAAAGUUUUUUAUUCAUUUUUUUCAUUUUUAAAUUUACAGUUUAAGAAAUUAUGCAUUGAAUAGGGGGUUGAAGUUCUGCACAUUUCAGAGGUUCAGCAUCUUGACAAGGACACUUUGGCAUGCAGAUGGGGAAGAGUGGGAUUCGAACCGACAACCUUCUUGUUGAAGAAUGACAGCUCGACCCCCUAGAACAAACGACCAUGCAACAUCCCAGGCCGCACCGCCUUUACGUUAACAUUAAGGAUUGUAUUACCUGCUCAUUGUCCUUGACAAACUGAGCACAGGAAGAAGAUGGAUACAUUUUUUUAAUCACUUUGAAGUAUGGUCUUGUGUAAAGAUGUAUGACUUUAAAGGCUCAGGGAUGUUGGAGUGUGACUAAACCAGUUGUCUUAGUAAACUACUGACAUUUGAAGAUACGGUUCUUGUAACCUCCAUUAGAUUUUUCAAUAGAAAACACCCAAAUUCCCUCUUUAAAGAAAGAUUAAAACAUUUGGGGUCACUAAUGUUUGUGUUUACGCUGUAAAUAACUGCUGUGUAAAUUCUGGGCUUCAUACUUCCACAGUCCACUGUGACAUUGACAAACUAACCUGACUCGGGCCUUUUCUCACUGGCUCACUGUCGUUUGGUGGCGGUGAGCAACAGCUAAGAUAACUUCUGAUGA